CAGAGGGUGUCUGUGGGAGCCGAAAUGCAGCUUCUUCUUGCGUUUACCUGCCUGGCGGUCCUGGGAUCGGCUGUCGCGGAAUCAUCAGAACCUCACUAUCUUGUCACGAUUCCGGAUAGUCUUCACUUUGGAUCCACACAAAAAGCAUGUUUGGCCAUCCAACAUCUGAAGGGUCCGGCAAACCUUAAACUGCAACUGGAAGAUCCAGAGACUCAGGAAAUUAAACUGGAAGUUAAAGACAAAAUUGACGGCCACGACUAUUCCCACUGUUACGAACUACAGGUUCCUAAAAUUGACGGCUGGCGGCAUCAAUGGAAUUUCAAUGUUUUAAUAGACGGGGAAAACUUUCAUGUUAAUGAUUCCAAAAAGGUUAGAGUAUAUCCCCAAAAUCAUGGAACCUUCAUUCAUCUGGAUAAACCAAUGUACAAACCAGGACAGACAGUGAGUUUUCGACUGGUGUCACUGGAUCUCAAGUUACGUGCAGUCAAUGAAAAGAUUCCAUUGGUGGAGAUUCUGGAUCCAAAGGAAAACCGCAUUGCCCAGUGGAAAGACGUUUCCCCCAUUCAAGGAUUUGUUGACUUAAGCUUCCCUUUGGCAGACGAGAUACCACUGGGAGAUUAUCAGAUUCGUGUGAAUAAACAUGAGUCGAAAUCAUUUUCUGUCUCUGAAUAUGUCCUGAAAAAGUUUGACCUCAAAGUUAAUUUGCCGAAGAAAGUGACUCCAAAAGAUGAAUCCUUUGUCUUGGAAGUUUGUGGCAGUUAUACCUUUGGGAAGCCAGUUCAUGGAUCUCUUGAUAUUUAUGUCUGCGAGUAUCCAACUAACCCACUGGAACAACAUGAAGAGGACACCUCGGCCUGCCAGCAUAUCCAUGGAGCACAGACUGAUAACAAAGGAUGCUUCACCACGAAGGUUGACCUUGGCUUCUUCAAUUUAACAGUCACCACAUAUAUCAGACGGUUAACGGUUGCAGCCGCGCUAAAAGAGCACAUCACAGGUCUGGUGGAAAAAGGAGAAGCAGAGCUGGAAAUUGGAACCUUGGAGCUAAUAUCAUUUGUUGACUUUGAGACUUUUUAUUUUAGAGGACUUCCUUUCACUGGCAUGAUGAAAGUCACCGAUACAUCCAACCAACCCAGCAAGAAGCAAACCGUAUACUUGAUUGUGAACAAUGAUGAUGUAAAAACUAACAUAUCUUUGGUGACUGAUGAGAAGGGAAUUGCUCAUUUUACACUUGAUACAUCUGAAUGGAAAGACAUGGUGGUUAUUUCGGGAGCCUUUUCAUUGGAGGACACGGACAAUGAGCAUGAAGAAUUUUUUGAUUCACAUGCAUUUUCAUACAGAUGGCUCAAGCCUUUCUAUUCAGACAGCAACAGCUAUUUGAAGGUGGAAACCCUCGCUGAGAAGUGGCCAUGUGACAAGGAGCAGCCAAUAAAAGUUGAAUAUCACAUCAAUAAGAACGAGCUGGAUCCCGACUCAAACCACCUUUCCUUCUUCUACAUUGUUCGUGGCAGAGAAGGAAUAAAUUAUUUUGGAGAACACAAGGAGGAGAUCAAAGUCCAAGACAAUGACCAUACUCUACACGGUUCAUUCUCGCUAAAAUUUGCUGUGAACAAUGAUCUGUACCCCACGGCCCAGGUUUUGGUUUUCACUGUAUUACGGAGCGGGGGUAUGGCUGGAGAUAAAUCAUUGUACAGAAUCCCGGCGUGCUUCAAAAGUAAGGUUCAACUUGAAUUCUCUGAAAAAGUGGUAGAGCCAAGAGGGAAGGUGAACCUGGAAAUCAGGGGAGAACCCGGCUCGUUUUGUUCUGUGCGUUCUGUGGAUAAAGGACUUUUGCAUCACAGGGCUCAUGAGCCCACCCUACCUAUUCUGGAUGAGGAUCUUUUUCAGAAUAAUUUCAUUUACGUAGCGCUCUACAGCGGCUAUAUAGAAGACGACACGUGCCCAGGAAGCCAUUCAGAUGAUUCAGUUUCUUAUCAACAAGAAGCAGAUGUCUACCAAUUAUUCAUGACAAGCGGAUUGAUGGUUUUUAGCAAUGCCAAGAUCAAAAAGCCAGUGGUAUGCAACACUACUGAGUUCACCGCCCGUUCUUCCGCCGGGGGGCUUCCAGCCAUAAAGGAUUCCGCGAAGAAACAAGAAGCAAAGAAGCCUGUAGUGCGAUCGUGGUUCCCUGAAACAUGGCUUUAUGACCUUGUUUCCAUAGGACCAGACAGUAAGGCCACGCUUAAACUGACCACACCGGACAGUAUCACUAAUUGGGCUACCGACGCAUUCUGCUUCGGCGAGUCUGGAUACGGCGAGGCCAAGGAGGUUGACCUCACCGUUUUGAAAUCCUACUUCAUUGACCUGACGCUACCCCACUCUGCGGUGCAGGGAGAAACAUUCCCAGUGACCGCUGUCGCCCAUAACUAUCUGGACAGCUGCAUUGUGGUGGCGGCGUCACUGUCUGAAUCAUCUGAUUUCAAAGCUGAAGCGGUAACUAAGGAGGACUUCAGAUGUAUCUGUGCCGACCAGUCUGCCGGCUUUACCUGGAACAUCACUGCUUCGAAAAUCGGUUAUCUGAAACUCAAGGUUAACAGUGGAGCCCUGAAGGUGGACGGUGAUUGCGCAGGUCACCACGAGCGACUGGAAAAUGAGCAUUUACAAGAUUUCUUAGAAAAAACCAUCAGGAUAAAACCAAGUGGAGUCGAGGAGGAUCACACGGAGACUUAUCGCAUGUGCCCAAAAGGUGAAAGCGUACGACAAGAGGUGUCCCUUAAGAUUCCAGAAAAUGCGGUGAAGGGUUCUGAACACGCAUAUAUCACCGUCUUCGGUGACUUGAUAAAUAUCGAAGAUUUUGACCUUGAAAGGCUGGUGAAUUUACCAACUGGAUGUGGGGAGCAGAAUAUGGCAACUUUUGCAGCAAAUCUUUAUGCCAUGGAGCUGAUAAACAACACGAGGCAUCUAACACCUAAGGAAGAAAAAACAUUCCUGCACAGUCUGACCACAGGUUACCAAAAACAGCUACAUUUCAAAAACGAAAUUGGUUCUUACAGCAUAUUUGCAUCUGACCCUGGAGACGUUUGGCUCACGGCCUUUGUAAUAAGAGGCUUUGGCAACGCAAGGAAGUACAUCUACAUAGAUGAAAACAACGUUCAAGACUCUUUGAAAUGGCUGAGCAGCCUCCAGAAGCCCGAUGGCUGCUUUGAAGCAUCUACAGGUUACUUUAACAACCGAUUAGAGGAUGAAGAAAACCACGAAUUAGCAAUCACCGCCUACAUUGCAAUCUCUCUUAUGGAAUACGGUCUGGCGCACAAUACCAUGUUGGAUAACGCCUUGAGCUAUUUGAGGAAUCACGCAGAUAAAACAAAUCACACUUACACUGAAGCUCUCCUCGCCUAUGCCUUUUCCCUGUCGGGAGACAACAAUUUAAAACAACAUAUACUAGAGGACCUGGAAACAAAGGCUAUAAAGGAAGGUGUCUUAAAGCAUUGGGAUUUGCCGUAUGCCUAUAGCGGAGUUGUGGAGACCAGCGCAUGCGUACUCCUCUCUUUACUCACCGGUCACCCAAACGAAAAAGACCUCAAUGAAGCUUCUAAAAUUGCAAACUGGAUAGCCAGACAACAAAAAGCACAGGGAUCUUACUACUCCACUCAGGACACAGUUGCAGCUUUCCACGCUCUGUCUAAAUUUACAGCGGGAGUGCACGUCGAGAUAGACAAGGUGUCCGUGACGGUCCGAUCACUCUCAGGGUUUCAAACACAAUUGGACGUGGACAAAAGCCGCACGGACCUCCAGCAGAAAGUAUCGCUACCAGAUAUCCCAGGGGAGUACACGGUGACAGCCGUGGGAAGCGGAUGUGUCUAUGUCCAGACUCAUCUGACAUAUCACGCUCCACCUGCAAAGGAUCAGAAGUUUUUUGUCCUGAGUGUUAAAACACGUCCCGCAGUCUGCACUUAUCAGGAACAUGAAAGCUUUGACAUCAUGGUGGAAGUCAGUUACUCCGGGAACCGAGUCUCCUCCAACAUGGUGAUUGUUGAGGUUGAACUUCUAACAGGAUUUGUCCCCGAUAAAAGGAGCGUUGCUUUGCUAAUCCAAAAUCAACACGUGAAAAAAACAGAAAUCACAGAGGAGAAGGUCAUCAUUUACUUGGGCGAGCUUACACACGAAACACAAAGUUUAUCUUUUAAGAUCAAAGAAGAAACACACGUGGAUAACCUGCAUCCCGCCGCAGUUCUAGUGUAUGAUUAUUAUGAACCAGAAGAGAGCGCCGCGGUCGAAUACAACUCUCCCUGCAGUUCAGAUCCUGGUCACUGUAAUGCAGAGGUGUCGGCAAGGAAGGAUUGUGGACAUCCGGGGAUCACCCAGGAAGAAUGUCUUCAGAAACAUUGCUGCUACGAUACGAGCGUCCCCGACGCUAAGUGGUGCUUCUACCGGACGGGUCACGCAGGAACAAGAUAAACCAUCGAAGAUCGCACCAGUGACGGAUUAUAAGUGAAGCUGCUGUCGGUGCUAAACUUAAAAACUCGCAACCAAAAGCAGAAGACAAUGAUAACUUUUUGGACCAAUACAAACAUUAUCUUACGAUAUCGUGUUUGUUAAAAGCAUAACACCAAUAAAAACAAGAAAUAAUUA